UCAUGAAUUUAUUAGAUCGAACGUAUGUAGUCAAUUGGAAUAACCAUCAGGGACCAUAAACAGUAUCGUCAUGACAACGAGUGUUUUGAUCUUUUAACUAACAUGGCAGACUAUGAAGUCUCUUAGGUCUUUUCACGUAACAAAAAAAGGGAAGAGUAAGAAGAGGAUUACUGAAACGAGAGUAACUAAAAUAACUUCUCAUCAAGUAUUAACCACACAAGUAUCCAGUGUUAGUUGGUCCUACAAGUUGAUCUCUUGGUUAUUAACCGUGCCAGUCAACGUUAACGUCAAACACACUCGAUGUUGUGCUGUGUCUCACGAAAGGCUGUCGGGGGAUCAGUUAUUACCAAAAAACCACCGCUGAUCCCUCCCAAAGAAAAAUUAUCAAAUUCUUCUACACUUGAAUCUUCAACAACUGCUAAAUUGCACACACCUGCAUCAAACUUUCCAUCAGAGAAAGCAGAAAAUUUGAAAACUAAACCAAGUGACUCCAUUCUAGCUAAUGAAGAUGAGACGUCGGUUUUGCUGCCUUGCGCGAUAUGCUCCCGGACAUUCAAACCACAGUCAUUGGAGAAGCAUGUGAAAAUUUGCGAACGAACUGCGACCAAAAAACGAAAACCUUUCGACUCCGCUAAGCAACGAAUUCAAGGUACAGAAUUGGAAGAGUUUCUUCCUGUAGAGCAAAAAAAGAAAAUCCUGCAGGAGGAAAAAAGGCAUACCUCUUGGAAGCAAAAUCACGACGAUUUUAUUAAAACUAUUCGAGCAGCUCGAGGAGAUUCUGGUGAUACAAUAUCUUGUCGACAAACAACUUCAAUCGUGGCUCCCGGAGCUCCAACGCGUGCCAAUGAAAAAGGAUUGUGUCCAACAUGUAAUCGCCAAUUUGGCAUCAAAGCCUACGACCGUCAUGUGGCUUGGUGUAAAGAGAGAAUUGUCCGAGCGCCGGCAAGCCCAGCGACAAAUGUGGCAAAAGAACGACUGGAUGCCAGGAUGAAAUACCGUGCACCAUUGCUAAAAAAUCGAAGAAUGACAAAUAGAGAAAAAUAUGCACCACACUCAGGGAUUAAAAAUAAUUCUUCAUCUAAUUCAAAAGCUAAGGAAAGCCAAACUUCUCUAAAUUGUAAUAAAGUUAAUGAGUCUCUGAGCAUCAAACAACCAGCUGUAACUGAAAGGAGGAAAGGUGGACAAGGUAAAACCGAUUCUGUGAUUGCUUCGGGACCAGUGAAAUCAAGACUGUCAGAUAGAAUCACUAAAAAUAUUGACAGUCAUAAUUUUAUGGCUUUGACAUCUUCCACCUCAAGUCAUAUCUUCCCACGAAUUGAUUAUCCAUUUCACGAUCCUUCUUUCAAAUCCAGUUCCCAAAUAAGUCCACUUUUAAUGUGCCAUUCGCUGUCUUCUUUAAAAAAUGACAAGACAAAAGAAACUAAAAAAAGAAAAUCGAAAAAAAUACAAAAACAACCUAUUGUUUCUGAAACUAGUAUUUGUAACGUCAAGGUCAAUGAUGUCAUGACCAAUGACGUAACAGAUAUGACAAUAAGACCUUCUAAUGUCCAUAGGGAGAACGAAUCAAUGAUAACAUGGAAACAAAUAAGUAACGACCAAAAUAGAAUGACAAUUGAUGAAAAAUUAAUUGAAGAAGGGUUUGAUGGGCUAAAGGAUAUUAAAUGGUCUAGAAGUACACAAAAAUUAGAUCAAACUUUUUCGAUAAAGGAAUCUAGUGAAUGUAGUUCUAUUGAUAUAAUUUCUAAAUAUUUACAUGAUGAUGAAUCUUUGGAUAAAGGAGUAAGAAAGCUUGAAUCAAUACCAGGGAGUCCAAGAAUAUUUAAUGCAGAUGUUACUUGCACGAGUACUCCAGUGUCAUCAAGGGAAGAGAUUAGAGAACGUUGUCACGAAGAAAAACGAAUGGAAAUGGGUACAGCAAAAGAAAUGAUUGAUGAUAAAUGUAAAAAUAUUUCAAACGAAGAGAUAACUGAUGAAGCUAAAAAAAGAUUAAACACUCAAAAUUAUAUAAUGGAAGAGUCUAACAUUCAGCAGGCCUCAAAAAAAUGUGAAAGCACAGAGGAAGUUGAUAACGAGUUAGAUAAGUCAAGGAGUAAUUUUGAAAAUAACUCUCGGAUAUCAGACGAUAGGAUAGUACUCGUCGAUGAAAUUAUUCCCCUCAGUAAUUUCAUAAAAUAUAAAAAUAAUAAUAUACAUAAUUCUGGGUCAUUUACUCCAUCACGAAAUUUUACGAGUGAUUCUCUGGAUUCAGUUGGAUCAAGCCGAAUAAUUACUAUGAGAAAAAGAUUAAGAAAGAAGAUGCAUCUGCUUCGUGAAAGCACUGAUUCUCUAGUAUCUUCUCUUGACACAAGUGAUGAAAUAACUACGAGAAAAAGAUCCCAAGGUCAUAUAGUAGAUGUUGAAAAAGAAACAUCAGGAGUUAAUGAGCCGGAACAUAGAAAAGUGAGAAAGUCAUUGAUAUUUCCGGAAAUUGUGACAGAAAGAAAAAUUGAUAGGCCCAAGAGUUUUCAAGAACGAGAAGGUACUUAUUGGAAACGGAUGACGAGAAAUUCAAGAAGUAGACUAUUUUAUCAUUUAAUGCGAAAUCCUAAACUCCCUCAUCUCCUUCCUCCUAUUGUUUCUGCUGAAAGAAGUUCUCUUCAAACGAGUCGAGUACGCAAUGGUCAAAUCAGUGAUGAAGAUUUGUCAUCUCCAGACAGCUAUAAAAGACCAGACAACAAACUUAGUGCAGAUUCAGCUUAUAGCAGUUUAAAUCGUAAAUAUUCAAAUCACGGUCACGAUGCAACUGAUAUGACAAAUAGAAUAGAUGAGGAUGUGAUUCGUCGACGUGAAAAUGAAGUAACGUCUACUGCCAAGUCAAAAAUGUCAAAAUUCUGCCACGAGUGUGGGACCAGGUUUCCAGAGACUGCCAAGUUCUGCUGCGAAUGUGGCAUUCAAAGACUUGCCCUGUGACAAUCGAUCAUAAAAUGAAGACAAAAAUCAAACAAUAUUUUUUAUUAAUAAGUCAAAUAUCAAAAGAAUUUGAUUUAAACGCACAUUUAAUUUUUAUUUUUUUUUUAUAUUUGUUAUAUUAUAUACAUAUAUCUUCCGUUAUAUAAUUUACACUGAGGCAUUUAUUUAUAAAAGAUUGUCUCAUUUUUUGUUUAUAGAGAGGUCAUGCUUUAUUUAAUAAUAUAGUAUUAAUUUAUUAUAGUCAUAAUAUAUAGGAAGAGAGCACGUUUAUAAUAAUUAAUGCUUGAAGUACGACUGACAAAUCUUGCUAGUGGGAAGUUAAAAUCAAAGUGUGAUUUUUUAUGUCUUUUAUAUGAAUAAUUAGGAUUAUGAAAAAAUUAAAAGAAACAGAAGAGUUGAUAGAAAUUUUUUUAGAAAUGAUGUAUGAGUCCACAGCAGAUUGAUAGCCAUAAGUAUCAAUAACACAUGAAUGAGUGAUGACUUUUUCUAGUAAACUUUAGGCUCUCUGGUGUACUCAAUAACCAAAGAGAAUAGAAGCCAUACGAUUUUUAAUAAAUACAAUUGAUUAUAAAAAAAAGGAAAAAAAAUAGAAUAAUAUAAUAAUAAAUUAAUAAAAAUAAAUUUAGUAA